AGCUAUGACUAGUGCUAGUUGAGCAGGAAUUCGUGUCAGUCGUGCUCAGUGCCUCGCAUAAGUCGAACGUCGCUCUGGAGCAGCCAUCAGCAAUCUCAAAAAGGACGACGAGUGUCUCAACUAAAACGAAAGCGAAACAAAAAACACAGUAGCUCUAAAAAAAAGCAAAAAACUAUAAAAAAACUACGUAACAAGCCAACUGCCAGUGAUUGUGUUAAAUCGUGCCAAAAAUAUUAAACAUUAGUAAACAAUUUACAAAUUAUUGGCCAGCCUUCAAUAGAGUUUUUUUUCGCACAUGCGCGAACUUCGCACAAAAAAGCUAAAAAGCAAAGAACAAAAAAAAGAGAUAAAAACGGCCAAAAAGGAGCAGCCACCACACACCAACACUCCCACGGCUGCUUGUGAGCGUCUGUGUAUAUGUGUGAGUGUGCGCCUGUGUGCUGUGCGCGGUUUUUGUUUCGCACGCACUUUUAUCGUCGUUUUGUUUAAUUUAACGGUGCCGCGGUCAAGUGUAGAGAGCGCGAGAGCUUCCACGCCAGUACAAGGUGCCGCUCCUGUUCCCGAUUCCCGUUUCGCACCAAAACUUAUUGAGAUUUGCUCAUAGUCGCCCAAGCCGUAACCAGCAACAUGCCUAACUGGGAGACGAGCACCGCUGCGCCCAACUAUGAGCAGCACAAUGCCUGGUACAGCAGCAUGUUUGCUGCCAACAUCAAGCAGGAGCCGAUGUCGCAUCAUCACAAUCAUCAUCACCAGCAGCACGACAAUACAAGCAACAGUAACAGCAACAGCGGUGCCAGCAGCCCGAGGCAGUCGCCGCUGCCGUCACCCAAUGCGCCCAGCACACAGCUGGAGCAAUACCUCAAGCAGCAGCAGCAACAGCAGCCAAUGGAUACGAUGUGUGCAGCUGCUAUGACGCCGUCGCCAAGCAACAAUGAUCAGAAUAGCAUUCAGCAUUUUGACACCACACUCCAGCAACAAUUGUUGCAGCAGCAACAAUACCAGCAACACUUUCAGGCGGCACAGCAUCAGCAGCAGCAGCAUCAUCAUCUCACACUGGGUGGGUUCAAUCCCCUGACGCCGCCAGGUCUGCCCAAUCCCAUGCAGCAUUAUUAUGCCAGCAACAUGCGCCCCAGCCCACAGCCAACGCCAACAGCAGUUCCCACUGCUGUGACAGCAGCAAUACAGACAGGCGACAAGCUGCAGGCGCUGACGCCGCCAAUGGACGUGACGCCACCAAAGUCACCGGCCAAGUCGCAGCAAUCAAGCGUUGAGCCAGAGAAAGAUCACGAUCUGAUGUCGAACUCCAGCGAGGACAUGAAGUACUUGGCCGAGUCCGAGGACGACGACAGCAACAUACGCAUGCCCAUCUACAACUCGCACGGCAAGAUGAAGAACUACAAGUGCAAGACGUGCGGCAUCGUGGCCAUCACCAAGGUGGACUUCUGGGCACAUACGCGCACCCACAUGAAGCCCGAUAAGAUACUGCAAUGCUCCAAGUGCCCCUUUGUAACGGAGUUCAAGCAUCAUCUGGAGUACCACAUACGCAAGCACAAGAACCAAAAGCCCUUCCAGUGCGACAAGUGCAGCUACACCUGCGUCAAUAAGUCGAUGCUGAACUCCCACCGGAAGUCGCACAGCUCUGUGUAUCAAUAUCGCUGUGCCGACUGCGACUAUGCCACCAAAUACUGUCACAGCUUCAAGCUGCAUCUUCGCAAGUAUGGCCACAAGCCUGGCAUGGUGCUGGACGAGGAUGGCACACCAAAUCCCUCCCUGGUCAUCGAUGUCUAUGGCACACGGCGUGGACCCAAGAGCAAAUCGUUCUCGGGCAGCAGCUCAAACUGUGGCGCUUCCAGCAAGCGUAGCAAUGCAUCAGCUGCCUCCCAACAUCAGCACCAACAGCAACAGACGCAACACCAGCCACAGCAACAACAACAGCCUGUGCUGCCACCAAGCGCAACAUCUCAGCUGUCCGCCGCGCUGCAAGGAUUUCCCAUACCAGCAGCAGCAACCGCAACGGCAGCACCAGCAGCUGUGGCGCCCGUUUCCCCACCGUCGCCGGCCAAGAGCGUUGCCAGCGUUGAGCAGGCGCCUAGUCUGUCUAGCGCUUUGCUGCCGCCAUUGGCCAGCCUGCUACAGCAGAACCGCAACAUGGCCUUCUUCCCCUACUGGAAUCUCAAUCUGCAAAUGCUCGCUGCCCAGCAACAAGCAGCAGUUCUGGCGCAGUUGUCGCCGCGCAUGCGUGACCAGUUGCAGCAACAACAACAGCAACAACACCACAAUCAGCAGCAACAGCAACAGCAAUUGCCAGCUCACAGCGACAACGAAGAGGAGGAACAUGACGAUGACUUCGAACGCAAAUCCGUGGACUCAGCCAUGGAUCUGUCGCAAGGCACUCCGGUCAAGGAGGAACCCCAACAACAACAUCAAACCCAGAGUAACCACAUGGCCAUUAACCUCAAGCUGAAAGACGAUGACACGCCGUUGAUCAGCAGCAGCACCGCCUCCCGACGCAAGGGACGUGUUCUGAAGCUAGACACGUUGCUGCAGUUGAAAUCGGCUGCAAUGUCAUCGCCGGAACAACAAUUGAAACUGCCGCCAAGUGUAUUGCCCACGGCCUCAUCGCCAAUUGCCGGCAGCAGCGCCAACAAGCAGCUGGCCGAUGAUCCCUGCUCUGGCGCCAGCUCUGCAGAUGAGUCCAUGGAAACGAGCCGUGUGCCUCAGGCCAACACGAGCGCCAGCUCAACGGCUUCCAGCUCCGGCAACAGCUCAAAUGCAAGCACCAACAGCAAUCCCGUUCCAGCUGCCACCGUUGCUACCUCUGCCACCGUAUCGAGCUCAUCCACAUCCACAUCCGCGAGCAGCAGCGCUCCGGCCAUAUACGAGUGCAAGUAUUGUGAUAUUUACUUCAAGGACGCUGUGCUGUACACAAUCCAUAUGGGGUAUCACAGCUGCGACGACGUCUUCAAGUGCAACAUGUGCGGCGAGAAGUGCGACGGACCCGUCGGCCUCUUUGUUCACAUGGCCCGCAAUGCGCACUCCUAAGAGGCGGCGGCCCACAAUAUUGUUAUUACAUAGAUAUUUUUAUUAUUAUUAACAUAUUUCGUUGUCCAAAAUUGUAAAUACUCGUAAUUUUAGUUUGAUUUCGUUGUCGAAAAUUGUACAUAAGCCAAAAAUGCGCAAAAAGCGCUACCAACUAACUCUAGACCUAAGCCCACAGCCCAUAGAUUCAUGUCUAGCUCUAACUGUAGAUCUAAUGCAACUAUGUAGUAACUAUCCCAACUAUCUGCUAGCUCCUCUACUUUCUGUAUCUUUUCCGUUUCCAGCGAUGAAACCAAACACAAAUAACGUCGCAAACCGAACAAAAACCAUGAAAAAGGUUUAAAAAACUCUUAGUUUAAGUCGACAUUAACUUAACUUAAUUUGUAAGCAAUCAGUCCAAAGUCACAGUUACACAGCAGCGAUUAGUCUAUUAUUAUUAUAUUAUUUUCUUUACAAAAUAAAUGUUUAGCCUGUAAAAACAAGUGAG